AUGGACAUGAACCACGUGCACUUGACGCUCUGGCAGUAUCUCUGGGCCGCCCAUUGCAUUGCUCUGCCAGCCUUUGCCUUGGUGGUAUGCGGAUGGUGUCAGAUGCAGCUGGCUCGGCUGCUGAGCUUCUGCGGCCUGCUCCCAGAGGCCUCGGAAGCGAAGGUGCGGCGCAUGCUCCUGGGCCUCAGUCGGAAGGGCUUUCUUUUGAGAGCCAACAGGGCGCUUUUGCUUCGAGCAUUUUGUAAUGGUUUGUGGAAGUUGCAGCCCAGGAUCUACCACCUGGUAUUGGAAAACCUGUGCACCGGCGUGGCCAGCAUUGACGACACCGAGGGUCAUAAUGUGGCCACCUUUGCCUACAGCCCCUUCCCGAUGUACGUGGACUGCGACGACUGCGACGACUGCGACUCGAAGGUGCGCUUCGAAGUGAAGAAGAGGAUGGUGGUGAAGUUGGACCUCGAGACGAAGGACUUCCUGACUGCAGAGCUCGAUGGAGAGACCUUGGCCUUGAUGGAUGCGGCCGUUCUGCUGACCCAUUGCGAGAGCAAUGUGAACCAUGGGAAGAUGCAUGCCUAUGCCAACUGGGGCAUCGACCCUGCGGACAGUACCAGCCCAUACCUGCAGAAGAUGAGCGUUGUGACAGCCUGCUACAACCAUUAUGGAUUCACGAACUUCCCCCGCAUGGCCAGCAACUUGGUGCAUAAGGAUGCAGGACCCGCUGUUGAAGCGGUCCUCGUUGAGUCUUUGAACACCGGGGUCGCAGAGCACAGGCUGGUGGCGAAGCUGGCGGAGCAUUCCAGACUCUUGAAGUUCAUGAUCCAGCUGAGGGUCCCUUUCAGGCAGGCUUUCAAUCACUGCAGAGCAGAUUUCCCAGCAAACUACAGCUGUGAAGCUCACUACUUGGGGACGGUCGUGCAUUCCUUGGAUCACUGGGCCUUCUGCCAACAUGUGGACCCGUGGUUGUUCAGUGCGCUCACGCCAUCCAAGCAUCUUCAAACCCUACACCGCACAGUUCUGCUCGCUCGCUGCUGUGCUGUUGAUGACAUCCCGACUCUCGGCCUAGAGAAGUAUUUCAGGGAUGGCAGCACGGAGUUCCAUCGAAUGGUGUACCAGGCAGCGAAGGAUCUCGAUGUGAACUUUGCAGAUCAAAUUCAGACCUGCAUUGUCAGGUGA